AAAACAAACAAGGCCGAUGACGGUUUGACUCCACCUCGCUCGUGUGAUGCCAUUUAGCAACAGAUGAGCCGCGCUGCGUGUUCAUUUCGUGCAGCUCACAGUCAAAGCAUUUCCCCCCCUACUCACACCUGCGCAUUAAAGGGAACCCUUGCCGCCUGUGUAAUGACUGUCGGGGUCGCGGUGCGCCCCUUCUCCCUCCUUGGACCGUAGCGGACGGCUUCCUUCUUGUUUUUACCCCCCCCCCCCCUUCCUUUCUUAUCCGAACCCGCGAGCGCUUUCUGGGGCUGGCCGCGAGUCUCUCUCCGGCGCGUCGCUAUGGAGGUGGUGUGGAUGAUGCCGCCGCUGCUGCUGCUGCUGCUGUUCCCACUCCUGAUGUGGACCAGCAGCACGUUUGUCUUCCAUUUCAAGAAGUUCUUCUACGUGGCGUGGAUGAUGGUCCUCGCCCUGCUGGGGAUCCCCGCGUGUUUACUAAAAAGCGGAGGCAGAGACGUGGAGAACAUGAGGGUUAUCCGUUCCAUGGUCCGCCAUGUCAAGUACUUGCUUGGCCUUCGAAUUAAAGUGAGCGGCUGGGAGCAUCUGCAGACAGAGGGACCGUACGUCAUCAUCUCCAACCACCAGAGCUCCCUGGAUGUUCUGGGAAUGAUGGAGAUCCUACCCGACCGCUGCUCCACGAUAGCCAAGAAGGAGCUGGUCUACGCCGGCACGGUGGGCCUCAUCUGCUGGCUGUCUGGCAUCGUUUUCAUCAACCGCAAGAAGACCAGCGACGCCAAGAGUGUCAUGGCCGACGCUGCCAAAACCAUGCUCGACCAGCAGAUUCGGUUGUGGGUUUUCCCAGAGGGAACGCGCAACCAGAACGGUGACCUGCUGCCCUUCAAAAAGGGGGCUUUCCACCUGGCAGUGCAGGCACAAGUUCCUAUCGUUCCGGUGGUCUUCUCCUCCUACCGCAGUUUCUACCUUCAGAAAGAAAAGCAGUUCAAAUCAGGGACCAUCCGGGUGAAGAUCCUUCCAAAGAUUGACACAAAGGGAAUGACCUCAGAGGACGUGUCAUCGCUGGCCGACCAAUCGCACGGCCUGAUGCGUACCGCUUUCCUGGAAAUCUCUAACUCCGUAACCAAGAGCAACGGGCCCCUAAAGCACUGAAUAUUUGCCUCUACAGGCUUUCGUUUUCCCCGUCCCUGUCGGAGACCACCACCCCCCCAAUCCCCCCCCAAACCCCCUUCACUCCCCCCCGCCCCAGACCUCUGCUUUCGCCAGGUUUCCCCGACCAGGAAGCGAUGCGAGGACGUUUCUGUCCUCCAGCUCAGUCAGUCCUGACCCUCGGCGCUGCUCUGCGCGACGCGAGCGGAGUGACGGACGGCAAGCCAAACAGUAUGGAUGUGUGUCGCUCAUGCAUGCCUUUCAGAUGACUCUGCUUUGUACCGUGGCUUUAUCGUCCCGGUUUAUAACCACCUAAUACUUUCUUUCGCCGUUUCUCUCUUAUGUAGCCAUCUGCCUUCUGUACAGCGGCUAAACCGGCAGUUGUCGUUUCUUUGCUAUUCAUAAGCUCUAGAUAUUAAUGCGAUCCUCUCAUAUUGCCUUUUUGUUUAUUUUUUUGGGACGAUCCACCCGGAGUAUCCCGUCUUCUUUCCUUUUCCUUGUUAGCGUGAUCUGACCUUUCUGCAUUCCAGUCUCUUUACUUUAAGCGGCCAGCGGAGCAGCAGGCUCUCCACGAGAGGUGGAGCGAACGCAGGAAGCACCACAAGCUCAGCUCUUUGCAUUCACAUCGGCUGAGCGGCGUCAGAAAGCCAGGAAUGCAAGAUGCCGUGUUCAACGGUAUCACACCCAUCUGUGAUAAAUGAGCGAGCUUAGUGAACUGAUUAGUGCUCUGUGUUUGUGUUCUUUCCAAAGCAGCGAGAGGGAGAGAAAAAGCGAUCAGCAGUGAGUCUCCUCUGGCUUUCUUCUGUGUUUUUUUUUGUUUUUUUGCUCUAUUUAUUGUUUCCACGUAGGAUUAGAUUGUUUUCUUGCUUUUUGAAAGCGAUCGCAUGUUUUUGUUCGUCAGGAAGAACUCGGAGGACAUAUUUAAGAUGUGUCAAAAGGUGACUUUGUGUCUUGAAGUGAUGCCGUUUUAGCAUUACCGUUCCAAAGUGCAAGCUACCUGCGGUGCCAUGACAUUUCCUAUAAAAAAAGUCUAAGCAAAGCUGAUUAAUUACCUUUUACCAAUAAUAUGAAGCCUGUCUAAUGGGUGUUUCGCUACUUACAUGAAUACUCUCAUUUGAUUAGCCAACUUGUACCUAAUAAGAGUUUAAGUUAAAUGAAAAAAAGUAUUUUGAGUGACUGAAGUAGGUUUUCUUUAUUUGAAUUAUCUAAAACAAUGUUUUAGUUGGGAUGUUUUUGAUUAAGUUAUGACUUCUCCGGUAAAAUAAUUGCAUUAUUUAAAAUAAACGGUGAAGAUUUUGGCCUUACGUUUGAUUGGUUGUUGCUGUUGCACUUUGCAAUCUUCUGUGAUUUAUUUUAGUUUGUUUUUUUUAUGUUGUGUCUGAUGUACUGAUUAACCUCUAACCUUGUCCAACUGACUGAGUUCCUUUGAUUUUUGCCUCCAGGUUUUGCUCACUACCUUUACUCUGUCACCCGAUUUACCCAUCAAACACCGUUUAAGAAUGUACUGCAGUGUUCAGGAUCUUAUUUUAUUUUGUUACAGCCCCCUCCAAUUUACUGGUAACCCUCAAAAAUUUAUAAAAAUCCUUUAAAAAUAGCUUUUUUUUGUGGGAGGAGAUAGAUCUUACAAUAAAAUGUCUCUAUGACACAUGCAGGGGAAUUAUUCUUUUAGUUUCUGCCCAAGUUUGGACAAGGAGCUAUUUUCUCGUGUCCAUUUCCUGAAUUGUUCAGAACACGCCUCUAUCCUGCUUUCACGGUGCGUUCUCUCAUCUUUCCCAUUUUGGAUAGCGGCUGUUUGAAAUUAGCCGCUGUGUCUCAUCAUGUUUAUGCACCAGGAAAAUGGAGGAUCGUGGAUUACUAAUGAAAAGCUCCUAAGCACUGUGAUCUUCCUAAACAAGUUAAACGCAGGCAUUCACGGUGAGGGAUCCUGGACCAGGGCGCUUGGAAAAUCGUCUCUAGACUCGCCAGAAUUCUGGGUCCUCUCACAGAUUCGGGUCUAGAGGCUUCGAUGACACGUUGGAUUUGUGUCUGAAUCGUCUCUGGUUGGUUUGUCCCAAAUGUUUUAGCUUAUCCUGCUGAAAGACCGGUUAAAAUCCACGAGAUUUCUACAUAAUGUCCUGGUCUUUCAAAGAGUCCAUGAUGCCUUGCUUCCUAAAAAGGUUCCCAGGACCUUUGGAAGAAAAACAGGCUCACAGCAGUCCUCCACCGUUCUUCACAGUACCAAGGAAGCCUUUAGUUUCACACUUGGAGUGGCGCUGAGAAUUUUCCACAGUGGACCAAUCUGACCAAAAGCACUUUGUUCCAUUUCAAUGUCCCGGCAGAGUUUAACGGGCUCAACGUUUUUUGACUUUGUGAUGAUAAGACAUCUCAAAGUCCUCAACAACCCCAUUUCGUGUCGAUUCUGUCCAAGUUCCUGGACAAUCUGAUGAACUAAAAAAAGUAUAAAUAAAGAAAAAUCAUUUAUUUUAUACAACCUAUUUGGGGUUAAAAUGACCAAAUAAAUGCACUCUUAAAGGUUUAAGGUUGUGCUUUUCUAAAGGCUUUUUGUGGAUUUUUAAGGGUUGCAAUAAAUGCGGAGGGUGCUGUAUCAUUGUAUUUAGUAAGAGCAGGAUGUUCUGUAGCUUACAGCAGGUUUAGCUCCUACAAGUUGUUUCUCUAAACUGUAUAUUUUAUACCGACUUGUUGAGCACACAUCUAUCAGCCCACCAGAGGAGCUCAUCAAUGGAUUUAUCCAAGCAUAGAUACUUAAUACUGCUGUUCAUAGUGGAAAGAAGCGGUAGUUUUGGGGAGUCCUGCUUCACCUACAUGAGACAGUUUGGAUGGGUUUUGUUGCUGAAGGUUAGUAAAGUAUAUACUUCAGUGCUAACUUCGUUACUAGUUUAGAUCAGAUUUUAGCAUUUUCUUAGGGAGGAUUUAAAAUCUGCAAGAACUUGUCCAAAUGUUUAAAAGCACUCUACCAAACUGAAUUGUUCCAAAAAUAGCAAGUAUAUCAUAUAGAUCAUUUAAGUGUUUAAUUCCUGUUUUAUCAUACCAUUUUAUUUUAUUGUAUAUAUUUAAGUCCUGAUAUUGAUUCAACUGGUUCUGCACCAAUUGAUGCUUUUGAGUUUUUCUUUAAAAUCUGACAAACUGGAAAUAAUUUAAAAUAAUCCCCACCUGAUUAAAGCACUUUUCAGUCUGGAUUUGGAAAUGAAAAUAAUCAGUUUUUGUUUUUUUUCCUCUUCUUUUUGCCAAAGUGAAAUUUAGAUGCAAAUGAGAAAUGGAGCAGACAUCCUACAGAGCCUUGUGUGAGUGAUGUAUGUAUGCUCUGUUGCCCUAUUCUUGGUGAAAGUGAAUACUUUGCGAUGGAGGAAAAUAAACAUUUUUUUUUUUCUUA